AUGGAUGUGGUUCUGGUCUUGGAUGAGGUCUGCUCUAUUUUUGAACAGAUGACAAGUGUGGGCACCAUGAAAGGCCGCCAUGGCACAAACAAUCAAGUCCUAGAAGAACUUAUGCGCAAGUCUAAGAGGGUAAUUGCCUUGGAUGCUGACGUGACAGACCGAGAGGCUGAAAUCAUCAAGUCUGUGAGGAGCGAUGCUUUUGUCAUUCACAACACGUUCAAACCACAGCAAGGGCAUCAAGUUGUGUGCUUCCAGCAUAAGGAAGUCUUAGAGUCUCAUGUUAUUGAUCUUGUAAAAUCUGAUCAGAAGGUCUGGAUAUCAACCACACACUCAGCUGAAGAUGCCGAGACCCUGCAUAAGACACUGCAGAAAAUGGGCAGAAGAGGUGUCUGUAUCACAAAGAACACAUCUGAUGCUGAUAAGAUUGACAUCUCACAAAAUAUCAACAAAAUUGUGCUGGACCUUGACUAUUUCAUUCACACUCCGACCAUCACAGUUGGUAUAGACUGCAAUGUGAAGCACUUCAACUAUGUCGUGGGGUUCUUUGAAGCACAAACUGGCGUCAUUGUUGAAACAUGUAGACAGAUGUUGCGACGACCGCGAAAUGUCAGCACUCAAAAAUAUCUCAUCUAUAUCGAGAAUGUAACCAGCAAUCUACCCACCACUUUCAGAGAGAUUGUUGAGUACAUGGAAAGCCAGGAAGUGCGACUGAAUGGAUCAACAAAACGAAGGAAGGAACAAGUGCAGGAACAAGAGGACACGAGGGGGCGCAGCGGUUGA